AUGGAUAUCGAACCAGCACAUAUAAAAUAUCCAUUAAAAAGACGUCGUCUUCUAUUUAGUAAAGCAAAAUUGAAAGCUGUUUCACGUACAAGUGCUCUUCUAUCGGGAUUUGCUAUGGUUGCAAUGGUUGAAAUUUCAUUAGAUGAUCAUAAAAAUUCUAAAAGUUCAGCACCUUUAUUAGUUGUUUAUUCAAUUGUAACAUGUCUUCUUGUUGGUGUACAUCUAUUAGCUUUAAUGAUUAGUACUUGUAUAUUACCACAAUUAGAAGCUGAUAGUAUACUUGGUUAUGAGGAAUACUCAUCACAUACAACAAUGCAUAUUUAUAUUGAAUUAGCUUGGAUAUUAAGUACUGGAUUUGGUAUAUUUUUAUUUCUAGUUGAAAUAGCAAUUGUAUGUUGGGUUAAAUUUUUCUUUGUAACACGUCCAGCUGCUAUAGCAACAACAAUUGUUAUUGUACCAGUUAUAAUAUUAUUUUGUAUAUUUUCAUUACAUUUUUAUCGACGUCUUGUUUCAUUCAAAUUAAGUCGUCAUCAAGAUGAAUUAAAUGAAAUUGAAAAUACAUUAACAAGUGGAAAACUUGCUCAAGCUAAUAUUGUUUAUUGUUAUAAUCAAGCAUUAAAACAAAAUGGUGAAAAAGCGACGUAUUAUGUUAAUCGUGCAUUAUGUUAUAUAAAAUUGAAACAAUGGGAUAAAGUAUAUCAAGAUGUUCGUCACAGUCUUGAUCUCGAUCCAAAUUAUAUCAAAGCUCAUGCUUAUUUGGGUCAAUAUUAUAUUGAACAACAACGAUAUGAUGAUGCAAUAAUAUGUUUUGAACAAGCACUUGAUUUAUGCAAAAUUCAAAAUAAAAAUUUUGGUAAUGAAAUUCAAAAACUUUUACAUUUUGCACAAAAAUGUCGUUUUUCAUUAAUGGAACAAAAACGUAUUGAAAAUGAAAAUAGUUUACAAACAUAUCUUCAUUCAUUAAUACAAACAGAUAAAGAACAACGUAUGCAAUUAUGUAUUGAAAAAUAUUUAGAAAAUAAUGAAACUAAUAUAAAUAAACAAAUUGAAUCAACAAUCACAUCACCAUUAUCAACAAUAGCAAAUAGUAUUUUAAUUUUAAAACAAUAUUUAUCAAAAACAAUGGAUUAUCAUAAUCAUCAACAGACAACAACAAAUCUUGAUUCAGUUGUUUCAAUUAGUUCAAAAACAGCUACAACAUCUGAUAAUCAAGUGAAUAGUGUUGUUGAUCCACAACUUGACGAAGCAUUAUUUGAAAUCGAACAAUCAUCCAAUCAAUCAUUACAUGAAUUAAAUAAUUUAUUUAAUGAAGUUGAUAUAAAAAGAAAGCGACGUGAAAUACCAGAAUAUUUAACAUGUAAACUUUGUUACGAUAUUAUGAGAGAUCCGGUUAUUACACCAUAUGGUAUUACUUAUUGUCGAUCAUGUAUUGAAGAAAAUCUAUAUAAAGUUAGUCAUCUUGAUCCAAUAGCCAAUAAACCAUUAGUUGCUGAACAAUUAAUUAAUAAUCUCGUACUUAAAGAAAUCGUAGAAAAAUUUAUUAAAGAAAAUGAAUGGAUCAAUGCAGAAUCUUUUUAA